ACGAAAGAAGGGAAAGGAAAACAGUGAAGGCAGGGGUGGGGAUAUGUUCUACGCUACACUAAACAUUUUUUCUACCACACCCCACAGCCACAGGGGAAAACAUCGACUCUUGUUGUCAUCAUCUUCUUCUUCUUCUUCUACAAUUCGCAUCCGUACGAUACCACACAAAACAUAUGAGAGAUUAAAAAUAUAUGUAUACCUAUAUGCCCCAACUUUGGUUGCAAUUCACAAAAGGAGCAAACAAGGCUCUUAUCUUAUUAUAUAUAUAUCAACAUCAUCAUAUCUGACUUAGCUUAAUUAAUAUAUGUAAGCGUGUGGUCCAUACCAUAAUCAUAAUCAUUAGAUUAGCAAUCACUUCACUUUCCUUGCUUAGGGUUUUUAUAAACUGUGUAUCGUAGACCUUCCUUUCAUUUAAUUUCCCGUGAAUCUAGCUACCACAACGUAGGGAUAGAUCCUGCGUAUUAAUUAGUUCUAAAUGGAGGAAUACACUAAUAAUAGCAAUAAUAAUCAAAGCCCAAGUUCAAGUUCAAGGGCAAGUUUCUUGUACUCUUCCUUUGGUGUUGGUGGUGCUACUUCUUCAAGCGUACCCCAUCACCUUCCAAUUAACACCUUUCAUCAUCAUCAUCAUCAUCAUCAUCAUCAAUCUGAAGCUGCUGCUGGAUCCGAUCACUGCUUUCAAUCCGAUCAAGUACCUUCCGUCAAAACCGAACCCAGAAACUCCUCGCAGCAGCUCCACAACACUCAUCAGAUUUUCAACUAUCCUCUCAUGAGACCCAAUGAUCUUCACCAUUCGAGCGACCAAGGAGGAACCCAAAACUCCAACGAUGAUGUUGAAGCCAUCAAAGCCAAAAUCAUCGCUCAUCCUCACUACUCUAAUCUCUUACAAGCGUACAUGGAUUGCCAAAAGGUAGGAGCUCCGCCGGAAGUGGUGGCGCGUUUAAGCGCGGCUCGGCAGGAAUUCGAGGCACGGCAGCGGUCUAUGGUUGGUUCCACCAGAGGCAUACUAUGAUAUGCUUGUGAAGUACCGAGAGGAACUUUCAAGGCCUAUACAAGAGGCUAUGGACUUCAUGCGCAGGAUUGAGACUCAGCUUAAUAUGCUUUCCAAUGGACCCCUUCGCAUCUUCUCUGGGAUAAUUUGACCAUGAGUUUCACUUUACCGUCAGAUCUCAGAGGGGACCAAUAUUCAUUGACCACAGAACCCUAACAAACCUAGCACCAUAUCUAAUCUUGGAGCCUAUAUAUGUUAUAAGCCUACUGAUCGAUAAGCUAUCCCUUUUGUGAUUUUACUAAUCUUGGAGUAAUGACAAAAUUAUUCUUC